AUGGAGAAGUCCAAAAACUUCCGCAUUGAGGCGCUACUGCAGGCUGAAGAUGUGGUGCGGAGACCGGACAGCAACAGUGCCUCCCCUGAGGUGACCUACACCGGGAGUCCCAUCGACAGUCCGCGCUCGGACACACCCUCACCUCGGCCGAGUAAUGACACCCAAGUCCAGCCGGGAAUGACAUGCAGUGCCUCCCACUACAACUUGUCGCAGACGGGAUUUGCCACUAUGCACGCCGGGGGAUUUCUGGGAGUGCACCAGAGGUCCAUGUACCCCCUGGCGACCAUUGGAGCCCAGCCACCGGCCUUCAUGUACCAUGGCUUCUCACAGCUGGUACAUCCGUACCCAGGGCAUCUGAAAGGGGGUGGCAUGGCCGGGGUACACCCACUGGAUCCCUGGAUCAGAGCCGGGAUGAUGUUCCCAGGAGUUGGAGAGUAUGGAGCACAAGCCCAAACAGGUUUGUUGGGGAAAUGUCGGAAGCCUAGGACAGCUUUCACCAGCCAGCAGCUUCUGGAACUUGAAAACCAAUUCAAGCUCAACAAGUACCUGUCCAGACCCAAACGCUUUGAGGUGGCCACUUCGCUUAUGCUGACAGAGACUCAGGUUAAAAUCUGGUUCCAGAACAGACGAAUGAAGUGGAAGAGAAGUCGCAAAUUGAAGGAGCAAGCAAACUCAUCAUCCCCACUGACCGACAAUGAAAGAGCUGACAGUGUCAAACUUCAGGUUGACUCCCAUAGCUCCAGCUUGGAGGAUGAAUAUGAGCUUGAGGAAGAGGAAGAGGAUGAGGAGACAAGUGUGAUGCCAAGUUCUAAAGGCUCUCUUCUGAGGCAUGCAGGCGAUGGGAACUAUAGGUGUUAUUUAGAAGAGGAGUUGGAGGAGGGAAGUUCAAGAAGAAGUGGGGUUUUUUGUUAGUUAGUGUGUUUUUGUUUGUCUUCAUAUUACCUUUGAGAGGGCAAUGCACAAUAGAACCGAGUGCACAAACACAUUAUUUAUUACAACCUAAUUGCUGAUCACCCAAACGGGUAAAAGUCUUUUCUUGCACAUUAUAGGCCUGGGGAAAUUUGAUUUGAUCAAGUCAUGAUGACAGUUUAGAUAUUUCCACUUUUAAUGGUGGAAUGACCUGCAACAAUUACAAUGAACAUCUAGGACAUUCAUAUGAACAAUAAUUAAAAUAAUAAAUCUUCAAAUGUAAAUGUAUUUAAGUUACAUUCAGGGAGCUAGACCUAGUAACAGCACUUCAGACAUUGUUAUGGUGACAUGGUUAUUGCUGCUUCCUCUUUUGGUUUUGAUGCUAUAAUUACCACACUGCACCAAAAUAUAAAAAACAUUUAUACUUACUGUACAUAA